GUUGUAUGUAAGAAAUUUCUCGGCGAAGAGUGCUCUUUGGUGUGUUUGCUCGUGCCGAAAUGUAGUUUAGUUUUUCAGUUGCAAUCAGUUAACUGACCGAAACAGACGGUCUUCGUCGUUUUUCCUCUCGAAAAAUUCAAACACAAAAUAUUAUUUCAUUCAAUUAAAUAAGUUAUUUAUUUGUAUUAUUUUUUCUUUUGUUGAUAUCGUUUGAUUUUUUUCUCUUGUCUUUCGCGUUCGUUAAAUCUUGAUUUCUUUUGAUUUCACACACACACAAUUUUUGCACAUAUUAAUUUGUAAAUACGAUAUUAAUUGGCGAGAAAGAAAUAAAAAAGUAAAAGAAAUAUAUGUUUCAACGAGCAGCAACAACAAUCGCAUAGAAAUUGGAAGAAGCAGCCAGAGAGCAGCAGAGCGGAUAUUACCGAAAAACCACAAAAAAAUACACACCGAAUUCCGUACACGAAUUUCUUAUGGGUUUUAGUGGAGAAAAAUCGUUAAAACAAGACAAAAAACUCAAGAAGUUAAAUAAUUGUUGUUCAAGUGAUAAAAAAUGUCAUUGUAAAGAUGAAAGUUCGUUCUCACCCAUAAAGAGUAAAAUGAAGGUUUUGAAGAAAAUCAAGCGACGCAUGGGACUAGCAACAAGUAACCCUGUAACAUGUCCGGGACCAAACAACCUGCCACCGCUGCGUUUCCAUUAUGUUCAUGGUGAUAACAUCCGUAUUUCGCGCGAUGGUGCUCUCGCCAAACGCUUUGAAAGUUUCAACAAAGGUGUAACAUUUAGUGACCGGCCGGUAAAGCCAAACGAACGUGUUUUCAUCAAAUUUUCGGAAAUUUCAAACAAUUGGAGCGGAGUCAUUCGAUUCGGAUUCACAUACAAUGACCCAGUAACGUUUAAUGAUUCGGCUACAUCACGAAACAGUUUGCCGAAAUAUGCAUGCCCUGAUUUAACCAACCGUCCCGGAUUUUGGGCCAAAGCUCUAAACGAACGCUACUGCGAGCGUGAUAAUAUUUUAUUUUACUAUUUCACUUCGUCUGGUGAUGUUCAUUUUGGAAUCAAUGGUGAAGAGAAGGGUAUAUUCUUUACGAUUCCACCACCACGGGAACCACUUUGGGCAUUAGUUGACGUGUAUGGCAAUUGUUCGGCCAUUGAAUUUUUGGAUUCACGCGUUUGCAUGUAUCAGCAUCGAUCGGGCAGCCGACAAUCGGUACCAUCGGCAGCAAGUGAAGUUGAAAUCGAUCGUAUCGUCCCACAUUUGCAAUCGCUUUCAGUUAACGAAGAUCACCGUCCACCACUAGCUCGAAGCCGUUCGGGCACAUCGCUACGCACAUCAUUGACACCAGUUCCAUUCCAUCGAACCCGUGGCCGAAAUGUUCAUUUGUCACAAGAUAAAUUGGUCGCCACACGCGUUGAAACCGAAUUUUGUCAAGGUUAUGUGUUUACCGCGCGUCCAAUUCGCAUCGGUGAAAAGUUAAUUGUUCAAGUGUUACGCACUGAACCAAUGUAUGUUGGUGCUUUGGCUCUUGGUCUUACAUCAUGCGAUCCAGCCACAUUACAACCAUCCGAUUUGCCGGACGACUCGGAUUUACUUCUCGAUCGGCCCGAGUAUUGGGUCGUUAGCAAAGACAUUGCAUCGAAUCCAGUUCGUGGUGAUGAGAUAAUCUUUUCGAUUACACAAAAUGGUGAAGUUCAAAUUAGUAAAAAUGAUGGAUCACCCACUGUUAUUAUGCACGUCGAUCAAAGUCUUCAGCUAUGGGCAUUUUUAGAUGUGUAUGGAUCAACGCAAUCCGUUCGUGUUCUAAGUCAAAUGGCACCAUCGCCACAAUACCAAACACCAAUUUCCAAUUCAACGACAAUGCUGUCGAUUCAGCGACCAAUUUCACAACGAUAUGCAUCGCAAAAUUUGACACCAGCCGAAUCAAUUAGCAGUAUUGAAGUAAUGUCAUCGGCACAAAUAAGCCAAUCGCGACGAUCGAUUCCGGUUACAACAACCACCGCAGCACCAGCCAAUCGUGUCAUCUCGAGCAGUGACAUGAUCCAAUUGCAAUCUGGUGGCACCGUUUUAGUUGUCAAUCUUCCGCCAGCUAACAGCAACAAUGAUAUUAGUGGUAAUAGUCAAACUCAUCAACCACAAAUCACUCAAAUGCCGAUUCCACCAGCCACACUCAAUGCUGGUUCCAUUACAUACUCAUCGAAUUAUGUUGAGACAAAACCAACGAAACCAUCGUCAACACCACAAUACAGCUCAUUAUCACAGUGGCAAGAUGCGAACGCGGCCAAUCUUGGACAAGGAAACGAGUGCACCAUUUGCUAUGAGCAUUCAAUCGAUUCGGUGCUAUAUACAUGCGGUCACAUGUGCAUGUGCUAUGAAUGUGCUGUGAAGCAAUGGCAUGGAAUUGGAGGCGGCCAUUGUCCACUUUGCCGAGCAAUCAUUCGAGAUGUUAUCCGUAUAUACAAGUCAUAAAUUUAUCCCCCCCCCCUGCCCAAAAUGGAACAAUUACCAAAAAAUAAAUUGAUUGAAAAUUAAAUUACAGAUAAAAAUACAGAAAAAAAACCAAAAAAAAAGACACAAUAAAACAAA